AUGAGAGGGGAUCGAUCGGCCAUGAGGGUCACCCGAGGUAUGCACCUGGAGGCGAAGAUCUUCAUCGACGCGGCGGGUGAGGUGUACGCGUGGCGUGCCGGCGAGGUGAUCUGGGGCAACGGACACUCGUACGUGCUGCGGUGGUUCGAUGGCGGCCCAGACUCCGAGCGCAUCCGGAGGACGGACGUCCGGCCGCUUCCGGAUCCAUCCGUCAAGCUGCCGGCGGACCUUGCCGCCGGCGACUCCGUUGAGGUGUUGCACAGCAACCUGUGGAAGCGCGCCAAGGUCGUGGGCGCCGCCGGCCACGGUCAGUUCGAGGUCAAGAUCGCCGGCUCGACCGAGGUCCUUGCGGCGGACCUGAGCGUGCUACGCCCCCGUAUGGCAUACGAGGGAGGGGAGAAAGGCUGGGUUGUCAUUCAGAAGGGUGAGAAAAUCCCCGUCGAGAGCGCCCAGCCAUGGCGCCCCGUCGCCGGCAAGAACAUCAAAAGCAAAGCCAAUAUCAAUGGAGGUGGCAAGUUCGCCGCGCAUGCCACCAAUCUCAAUCUGGGCAAGACAAAGAGGAGCAACUACGCGGUGGACGCCGACAUAGUCAGGGACGUCAAGAGAUUUCAGGGCAACGUCUUCUUGGCCAAGAGAGAGCCCGCAGCAAGGUACCAUGACAACAACAUAGAGGUGAUGGAUGUACACCCAAGCCAUUACCUCAAGAAACGGGAGCAGGAGACUAGCAAUCAUGAUAAACCCAACAAUGAAGAAAUUGAUGUGGUCGGAGGAGGAACGGACAGCGACAGCGACGACGAUUCCAACAGUAGCAAGUCUGAUCCAUCGUCAUCGGACGGAGACAGCAGCAGCGGCAGCAGCAGUGGGGGAAGCAACAGCAACAGCAACGGCGGCGCUCGUGCAGUUCCCCCGACCGCCGAGCAUUGCCAAGAAAAUCAAGAAGUUCAGUCGCCGCCGAGCUGCAAGGAAGAGGAGCAAGAUUCUGGGGAGAGGACCGAGUCCCGUGGCAGCGCGGGAAUGCGCCACCGCCCGGCGGCGGACGAGGAAGAGGAGCAGAAUGAGCAAGUGGAGGAGCAUGAUCACCGCGUCCAUGGCCUGGAGCUGGAGGCCUACGUGAGCGUCAUGAAGGCCUUCUACUUCACGGGGCCGCUGACCUGGGCCAAGGAGGAGCUGCUGUCCGACCUCCGCCUUCAGCUCCACGUCUCCAGCGACGAGCACCUGCAGGCGAUUUGGCGUCUCAAGGGGAAGAAGUAA